GGUUUUUUCCAGUCCUAUGCAGUGGAAGUAGAUGUAAAGGAUGCCUCUAAUGCUACAUGCCUGUAUGCAAAAUGGAUGAUGAGAUUCUUGAUAAAAUAUGAAACAAACAGUAGUGAUUAUAAAAAUGCAACCUUGAAUUUGUCAUCUGGGGUGACACACAAUGGAAGUGUCUGUGGCAAUGACACCCAAGCUGCGCUUCUGGCAGUACAGUUUGGAGAAGGUCACUCUUGGAGCAUCAACUUUACAAAAACCAAUGAAACUUACCAGGGGGAAUUCAUCACAUUUACCUACAACACCAAUGAUACUGCUGUAUUUCCUGAUGCUAAAAGAAAAGGACCGAUUACUAUUUUUGUAAAGGAUACUAUGCAUCCAGUUCAACUGAAUAAUGUCUUCGUGUGUCAUAAUACUGACUUUCUUGAAGCAGAAAACGUAACACAGAUUUUCUGGAAUGUUACUGUGCAGCCUUUUGUUCAGAAUGGCACAAUCAGUAAAAAAGAGUCUAGAUGUCGUGCUGAUAUGCCUACUUCUGCACCUACUGUUCCGCCUACUAUUGCCAAUGUAACUACUGCACCUACCACCACUUUAUCGCCUGCUCCAACCACUGCUCCCAAACCUGUGGAGAACCCAGACACAGGAAACUAUUCUCUUAAAAGUGGAAAUACAACUUGUCUUCUGGCUACUGUGGGGCUGCAGCUGAAUGUUUCCCAAGACAAGCCUCAUCUGAUCAAUGUCAACCCAAAGACAACUACUGCAGAUGGCGCGUGUGGUAACACAACAGCUACUCUGAAAUUGAAUGAUGGAAAUAGCACAUUGAUUGGUUUCACAUUUGUUGUUAAAAAUACAAGUGCAAGCGUACAGAAAUUUUAUCUGAAAGAGGUGAAUGUUACACUGCUCAACCAUCUGAAUGGUUCUG